AUGAAUACAACUCCUAUUUUACGCAAAACGUCUCCAAAGCUAUCUACUGGUAAAUCUAAGUUAUUAGGCAGACAAAGAAUUACAUCUCCUAUUCCAAUGGUUGAUUUGACUACAGAUGCAGCGUUAGAUGUAGAUCCUUACAAAGGUGUUUCACCAGAUUACUUAGAUCAUGGGGACCAGUGUAUUACGUGUCAAGUAUGCAAUGCAAAGUUUUGGGAAGUAGAAACGGCGAGAGGCAGAACCAAUAAUCGGAAGACAAGUUAUUUUUUAUGUUGUGGAUAUGCUAAAGUAGAGCUACCCGAUUAUAAAGAUGCGCAUCCAAAUUAUCAGAAACUGUUUACGUCUUUGGAUAAUGAAAGCAAGCAUUUUUUGAAAAACAUUCGCCGUUAUAAUUCUAUGUUCGCUUUCACAUCUAUGGGUGGUAAGGUCGAUCCGACUGUUAAUAGAGGUAAUGGCCCAUUUUGCUACAGGAUUAGCGGUGAAAACUAUCAUAGUAUUGGAAGUCUGUUGCCGGAGAAUGGCAAUAAACCAAAGUUUUGCCAGCUAUACAUAUACGAUACAGAGAACGAAGUUUCGAACCGAGAUUCUAUAUUUAGUCGAUCUAAGGAGUCGGAUACAUCAUCUUCUGCUUCAGUUGAUCGUCACUUGAUCCAACAUAUCAAGUCUGUGUUAGACUCCGAUAAUGUAUUGGUUAAAGUUUACAGGAUGGUUAGAGAUUGUUUUCAUGACGAUCCGCAGCUUACUCUUAAGGUACGUCUUAUUGGAAGAAGGGACAAGGAUGGUCGAAUGUAUAACUUACCAACAUGUGGCGAGGUUGCUGCUCUAAUUGUUGGAGAUGUUGAAAACGCAUUUGAGAACAGAGACAUUGUUGUUGAAACUAAAUCGGGGACUCUUCAACGAAUUAGUGAAUUACAUCCUUCUUACCUUGCUCUUCAAUACCCAAUUCUCUUCCCGUAUGGAGAUGAUGGUUACAGAGUUGACAUCCCUCAUAGAGGUGUCGUAGAUGUAACCAACAAGAAGCGUCCAAAUUGUACGAUGAGAGAGUUCUUUUCGUAUCGUAUUCAAGAUAGAGUAAACCAAUUUUCUCUGAUUCUAAAUUCAAGGAGACUUUUCCAACAAUUUUUGGUUGAUGCUUAUACGAUGAUUGAGAGCGAGAGACUAAACUACAUACGUUUUCAACAAAAAAAUCUAAGAUCUGAUACCUAUGAAAGUCUCCGGAAAUUGAGAAAUAAUGGUCAGCAAGAUAUAUCUAAUGUUGGUACACCUCUUAUAUUGCCUUCUUCGUUUACCGGUGGAGCUAGAUAUAUGAUGCAAAACUAUUUAGAUGCAAUGGCUUUAUGUAAAUGGUUUGGUUAUCCUGAUUUUUUUAUAACCAUUACAUGCAAUCCCAAGUGGCCAGAGGUAAAACGGUAUCUUAAAGACACCACUCUGAAUCCAGAAGAUAGGCCUGAUAUCCUGUCAAGGCUGUUUAAAUUCAAACUGGAUGCAAUUUGUAAAGAUUUAAAGGAAUGUCAUAUGUUUGGAAAAGCAGCAGCAAUUAUUUAUACAAUUGAGUUUCAAAAACGUGGCUUGCCUCAUGCGCAUUUGUGCUUAUUCAUGGAACCAGAAGCUAAAAUUCCCACUGUUGACCAAGUUGAUCCGUUCAUAUGUGCAGAAAUUCCAAACAGAGAUGAUGACCCAGAGUUGUAUACGCUUGUGAAGGAUUUUAUGAUUCAUGGACCGUGUGGUAAUGCUAAUAUGAGCUGCCCAUGUAUGGUUGAUAAACAGUGUUCUAAAGGCUUUCCUAAAAGAUUUCAAGAUACUACGACAAUUGACGCCAAUGGUUUCCCAUUAUACAGAAGGAGAGAUGAUGGAAGAACAGUUGUCAAAAACCGGAUCGAGUUAGAUAAUAGAAGUGUUGUACCAUACAACAAAAAGUUAUUGAAAAAGUAUCAGGCACAUAUAAACGUUGAGUGGUGCAACCAAGCUGGGUCAAUUAAAUAUUUGUUUAAGUAUAUCAACAAAGGUCCGGAUAGAGCAACAGUUGCUGUUUUGCAUAGUGAUAAUCAUAAUGAACAACAUGAAAAAGAUGAGAUUAAAGAGUAUUAUGACUGUCGCUAUAUCUCAGCAUGCGAGGCAUCAUGGAGGAUUUUUAGUUACGAUGUAAAUUACAGAUAUCCUUCUGUUAUGAGGCUUCCAUUCCAUCUUCCAGGUCUCCAACCGGUUGUAUUUGGAGCAGAUGAAGACAUCAAUUAUGUUCUUAACAGGCCAUCUGUCAAGUGUUCUAUGUUUCUGUCUUGGAUGGAAAGGAACAAAGACCCUGAUGACCAUUUGGCGCGUACACUAACUUAUGUCCAGUUUCCAACUUGGUAUGUAUGGAAGACUGAAAACCGUUGUUGGCAACCUCGGAAAAAAGGUAACACAAUUGGCAGAAUUCAUAAUGUUGCUCCAUCUCUUGGAGAAGCUUAUUUUUUAAGAAUCUUGCUCAACAAAGUCAAAGGACCUAAGUCAUAUGACGAUAUCAAAACUGUUAAUGGUCAUGUACAUGAUACAUUUCGAGAUGCGUGUUUUGCACUUGGUCUUUUAGAUGAUGACAAAGAGUACAUCGAAGCAAUUAAAGAAGCAAAUGAAACAGCAACAGCUUCUUACGUACGAAAUUUAUUUGGCAUGAUGCUAUUGUCCAAUACUAUGUCAAGACCGGAGAUCGUAUGGGAAAGCACGUGGAAAUACAUGACAGAUGAUUUCAUCUACAGAUAUAGUAAACUACAUCGUGUUGAAGGUUUAUCAAUUCCAGACGAUGAACUUAAAAAUUACGCUUUGUUGGAAAUUGAAAAGUUUUUAGGUAUGAAUAGCUCAUCGCUACGCAACUUCUCAACAAUGCCUUUUCCAGAUUCUUCUUCCUUAUCUGAUCUCGACAAUCGUCUGAUUAACGAGGAGCGUACUUACGACGUAUUAAGUCUCGCAGAGGAAUAUGUUAAUCUGUUUAAUAUGUUAACUGAAGAACAAAGGUCAGUGUUUGAAGAGAUAAUGAAAUCUGUUGAUGGUAACACUGGAGGGAUGUUUUUUGUUUACGGUUACGGGGGCACCGGGAAAACCUUUUUAUGGAAGACGUUAUCUGCUGCACUUCGGUCAAAAAGAGAAAUUGUAUUAAAUGUUGCUUCGAGUGGAAUUGCAUCGCUGUUAUUGACAGGCGGCAGGACUGCACACUCCAGAUUUCGUAUUCCUUUGAAUCUUAAUGAAGAUUCGGUAUGUCAUAUAAAAGCUGAUAGUGAUGUUGCUAAAUUGUUGCAUCAGACCAAACUUAUUAUAUGGGAUGAAGCACCUAUGGUCCAUAAACAUGCGUUUGAAGCCUUGAACCGCACGAUGAAUGACAUCUUCAAUUUCGACACUUCGAGAAAUUCUGAAACCUCUUUCGGUGGUAAGGUUAUUUUUUUUGGUGGAGAUUUUAGACAAGUACUUCCCGUUGUUCGAAAUGGUGGAAGACAAGAGACGGUGAACGCAUCAUUAAGUUCGUCGUAUUUGUGGAGUAAAUGUAAGGUGCUAACGUUGUCAAGGAAUAUGAGGUUAACCGUUGGAAGAUCUCCAUCCGAGAUUGAGGAAAUAAAUAGUUUUGCAAAGUGGCUUUUGGACAUAGGAGAGGGAAAUGUUGGUGGUCCUAAUGAUGGAGAAGCAACAAUUGAAGUGCCAUCUAAUCUUAUAAUCAAUGAUACUUCCGACCCCAUUUCCAGCCUGAUCGAAUUUGUUUAUCCUUCAAUUCUCGAUAACUUUAAUAGUCCUAAUUAUUUUAGUGAUAGGGCUAUACUUGCGCCGAAGAACGAGGUUGUCAACGAGAUUAACGAUAGGCUGUUAGCGUUGUUUCCCGGUGAAGAAAGAGAGUAUCUAAGCUCUGACCGUCUUUGUGCAACUGAAAAUGUAAGUUCAAUACAAGAAAGAUUAUACACACCGGAUGUUCUCAAUGGUCUUAAGGUUUCAGGCUUACCGAAUCAUCGGUUAGUGCUAAAAGUUGGUGUCCCAGUCAUGUUGUUACGUAACAUUGAUCAAAAAAAUGGUUUGUGCAAUGGAACAAGGUUGAAGGUUACAAAGUUGUAUAACCGUUUAAUAGAGGCUGAAAUAAUAUCUGGAACUAACAUUGGUACUCGAACCUAUAUUCCCAGAAUUACUUUAGUACCUUCAGACAAGAAGAUUCCCUUUUCAUUUCAAAGAAGGCAAUUUCCGGUUGUUGUUUGCUUUGCUAUGACUAUCAAUAAAAGCCAAGGUCAAUCACUUUCUAGAGUUGGUCUGUACCUAAGACAACCGGUUUUCACCCACGGUCAGUUGUAUGUCGCGUUAUCGAGAGUUAGAACAAGAGACGGUGUUAAAAUGCUAAUACUGGACAAAGAUGGGAAGCCUACAAAUAAAACAACUAAUGUUGUGUAUAAAGAAAUAUUCAACGACUUAUGA